CGUGGCUUGUAGAAAACUGUGCGUAUCUUCAAACAAACGUCGAGCCAUGAACGACGAGGAGGAUGACGGAUGGAUCUCCACGCAGACGCGGGCGGGAGAGAGGCCGCUGGCUGAGGAGGAUGACCAGGACACUGAAGCUGACGAGGAUGAGGAACGCGCCGUCGAGCACGUGAGCGCACCAUCCACAACAACAACCACAACAGCAACCACAACAGCAACCACAACAGCAACCACAACAGCAAUCACAACAGCAACAUCAACAGCUGCUCGGUCCCCACAGCGUCGACCAGCACACAGCACACGCCAAGGGUCCCACGAGCCACUGCAGUUCUGGAAGACACUCGAGCGCGUGCGUCAGCGUCCGCCAGCUGACGACAGCCAAGCCGCCCUCGCCUUCUCCAACACGGCGCAGCAGAGGCGGGCGUACUAUUCGGCCAUGUAUGGGAGCAGUAGCAGUGGGAGUGAGGACGAGGGUGGUGACGGGCAUGGCCAGCGAGACAGUCAUGUGCAACAAGACGAUGACGGCAGCGCGCCUCCUGCGCCCAAACGCGCACGCAAGAGCCGCAAGCCCGCACGCGGAACCGAGCAAGCCGUACCCACGUCACCACAUGGCAGGCACGUGCAGUCGCCCAGAAGAAAGAUGAGCACAACGUCCCGUGCUGGCCGCGCCACCGCCACGUCCACUGCCACUGCCACUGCUGGUGAUGGCGAUGAUCGUGAUAUGCGCGCAAUGGCAUCGUCAGCGUCGUCAGCUCUGCGGGCACGCCACGCCACCCGCAGCGGGAAGACGAAUAGGAAGGCACGGGGAGCGUCAGUUGCACCUGUCGCGAAGCGUGGAACUCAGCGUUCCUCACGGCAGCAACGGCAUGCACGCGCCUACGAAGACGAAGAGCAAGAGGAAGAGGAGGAUCAUGACGAAGAGUAUGAUGAUGAUGGCGAAGAAGAAGGUGAUGAUGAUGAUGAUGGUGAGGAACAAGUUGACGAUGACGGUGAUGUGGACGAAGUUGCACGGCGCGUGGGUAAACGGCGGGACCACCAUCACGGUCGAGGCACACGCACACUCGCGCAUACGCGACGAUCACGACGGCGACAUCAUCAUCAUCAUCAUCAUCAUCACCGCCGCGACCAGUCAUCACCGUCGCCAUCGCCAUCGCCAUCAUCAUCACGGUCGUCAUCGGAUGACAUGGACGGGUUCCUUGCGUACCAUGAGGCGCACAAGACAGGCGGAGCACGUGCAAAGGCAGCGGGGCGAGCCGGCGGCAUGGCGUCAUCGCGGCGGGCUCAGCGGCAGCAGCAGCAGCAACAAGACACCGACAGCAGUAGCGGUAGCAGCGAUGCUGGCGAGGAUGACCACAACGCAAUCAUGGGCGCGCGUGUGCGGCGAAUGCGUGAGCGGCGCCGCUACGUCGCUGCUGUGACGGCCAAACCCCGGCCCGACCUCCCCUCGUCCCUGCAUCAGCUCCCAUCACCGCAGCCGCACGUCGUGUGGAUGCCGGCACAGCACGCGGUGGGGGAGGGUGGGUCGCCGUGGGCGCGGCUGCGGCGAACACAGCUGUCCAUCCCGGGGCCCAUCAACCAAUUUCUGCGCCCGUACCAGCGGGAGGGGGUGGAGACGAUGGCAAAGUGGCUUUUGGAUGGGCACGGCGGCGUCCUCGCAGACGACAUGGGUCUUGGAAAGACUGUGCAAGUGAUUGCGCUGCUUGCGACGCUGUUGCAGAAGACGUAUGAUGCCGCCGUUGACGCGAUCCCAAAGCUUGCAGCGCCUGUGCUGGUGAUUUCGCCAAACACGGUGCUUGGGACGUGGCUGGAGGAGCUUGAGCGGUGGGGCCACUUCACCGUCGGCAAAUUCCACGGCAGCGGGCGAACGCGCGUGCUGGAUGCGCUCACGGCUGAUGCUGCGGCGUACGACGUGGUGGUGACGACAUACACGACCUUCCAGCGCGACGCUGCGGGCCUGGCGCAGGUGCCGUGGCUGCUGGUGGUGGCGGACGAGGCUCACAAGAUACGGUCGCCACGGGCGAAGCUGACGACGGCGAUGAAGUCAUUCCCCGUCCAACACCGCAUCGGGCUCACGGGCACUGCUCUUCGCAACGACUUCAAGGAGCUGUGGUGCCUUCUGGACUGGGCCUGGCCAAACGCGCUUGGGCCCUUGUCCCAGUUUCUGGCAAAUGUCGCCACGCCCAUCAAGCGAGGGCAGGUCAUGAAUGGCACGCUGGACGAAAUCGAGUUGGCAGAGCAGCGCGGGCGGGAGCUCAUUGACAAGAUGAAGCCUUUCUUCCUGAGACGCACCGAGGUUGUGCUCGCUGGCCAGCUGCCGAAGAAGGAGGAUCGUGUCGUCUUCUGCAAGAUGACACCGCUGCAGCGAAAGGUCUACGAGAACAUUCUUUCGCAGGACGACGUCGUGUACAUCACCCAGCGGAACCUGCCGUGUCUGUGCGAGGCGAAUCAAGCCCGCGAACGGCAACUGACGCGUUCCCAGUGCUGCUAUCAGCUCACCCGCUACCACAAGCGCGGGGACGUGUGCACUUGUGGCGGCAGCACUGACGAUCCAGAGAAGAUUCGUCGCUGCCGCAAGUGCCACUGCUCCCAAGAGGCCAUCGCCAGCGGAACCAACGGCUGCAUGCCAUGGAGCUACCUCAUCUUCCCUCUUGUUGUUCUCCUGCGCAACGUUGCGAAUCACGUCGCUCUUCUCGUUCCGCGCCCGGGCGACGACGAGCUCACCGUCAUCAAGAAGGAGCGGGACUGUGCUGCCGCCUUUCGAGGCGAGGAGGCGUGGCUGCAGCGCGCGCGGCGAAACGACCCCACCGCCAUUGGCGACCCAGAGGUGUCCGGCAAACUCAAAGUGCUGCUGAAGCUGUUGUCCAUUUGGCGCGAGGAAGAUGCGCGUGUCCUCCUCUUCUCACACUCCCUCAAACUCCUCGACAUUAUGAUGGAUGUGUUUCGAGGGCGCGGCGUGAGCUAUCUUCGCAUGGACGGAAACAUGCCCACCGAGGAGCGGCAAGAGGCAAUCAAUCGCUUCAACGCCGGUACCGUCGACGUGUUUCUCCUCUCCACGAAGACGGCCAACACAGGCAUCACCCUCACCCGCGCCAACAAGAUUGUCAUCUUUGAUCCAAGCUGGAAUCCGGCUGAGGACCGCCAGGCGGAGCACCGCGCGUGGCGCAUUGGACAAAACCAGGACGUGGAGGUGGUGCGGCUCAUCUCCUCCGGCACCAUCGAGGAGCUCAUGUACGCACGACAACUGUACAAGCAGCAGCUGGCGGCCGUGGCGCUAGAGGGGCGGGCACAGCGCAGGUUCUUUGAGGGUGUGCAGGGUGACCCGUCCCGCAAGGGCGAACUGUUUGGGCUCGACAACAUGUUUGCAUCGGAGCUGGACGAGGAGCUGGUGAAGCAGGUCAUCCGCCGCCGCCAGGACGAGCACGGGAUGAUUGUGGCGCCGUACGAGCUGCUGACAGAGCGCGCCGUCGCCCUCCAGCGUCAGUACCAACAGCAGCGGCAGCAACGACAGCAGCAGCAGCGAGCCGAGCAAGCGGGCGAUGCCGUGGCCGAUGAGGAGGAAGACAUUGAGCUUGACAUUGACCAGCUGUUCGUGGACGAUGGUGGUCCAACCGCGCCCGCAGCCGCAAAUGCCGACGGCCCUGCACAGGUGGCGGGCGGUGGAGGCGGCGAUGCUGAUGGGCCAGACAGGGUGGAGCUCCUGCUGCAGCAGUGCGGUGUUUCCUUCAUGCACUCCAACGCGCGUGUGCUGGGAUUGGAUGUGCCGCACAACGCGCCCGAAGCACCGCGUCAGGCGGACGGCACACACGCAGGCGAUGGUGCUGUGGACAAGGCAAAGAAGCGGCGAAGCCUGCCCUCGCUAACGGCAGCGGAAGAGCGACAACUGGAACUGGAGACAGCGGUGCAACUCAACCACUUUAUGCGGCUCGCAGCCAGUCACGGGUGCGUGAAUCUGUUCGAGUUUGCACUGCGCGUGCUCUCGAGCAGCGAAGAGGAGAAGGCGGCAAUGCUGGACGCGUUCUACGGAUCGCCACCAGCGGCGGAGUGAUGGCGAUGACAGUGUGGUGUGGCAUCAUGUUGCGUCAUGAUCCAAGCAACUGUGUGCUGAUUUGCCCUUCCAACCCUUGUUUAAUCGACACAAACCGAUAUGAACGAAUAAACGAACACACGACCAAC